GUGUAGGUAGCCAAACCAAACUAAACUACUCAUUUCCGGAGGCAAUGUGGUAAUUAAGGCAACGAAGGGGUUGGUAUUAGUCGGAGAAGUCCAAGAUCUCGCUGAACUUCAAAACGUGCCAACUUGACUUUACAAACAAGAGCGAUCCUCCUCUGCCGUUUUCCUUGUUACUCUCUCCCUCCUUCCCUCCCUCGUUCUCUUCGCUCUCUUCCACUACAUUAGCUCUCCACAUUCCAAACACCCUUGCUUUUACUUGAAGUCGAAAAGACUUGGAAAUCUCCGCGUUUCAUGGACUCUAUCUCGCAUUCUGCGAUCGCCGCCCCCAAAUUCACUUCUCUCCCGCGCACCAGACCUUCCCUUCACUGUCAUCGUUCCCAUGGCUUCUCCUUCCCCAAUUCUAGCGUUCCGAGGUUCAGGUCAAGUAGAAUCCCCAAGCGGAGUGGUGUAUUCGCGGAAAUUCGGAAGCAGAGUCCCGCGAUUGAUUUCAGUGAUCCUGAUUGGAAAAUCAAGUACCAGACGGAUUUUCAACGGAGAUUUAAUAUCCCUCAUAUCACUGAUAUAUUUCCUGAUGCUGCGCCUAUUCCCUCUACAUUCUGUCUCAAGAUGAGGACUCCGGUGUUGGAGGAUUUUGCUGGUGGUUAUCCAUCUGAUGAGGAGUGGCAUGGCUACAUUAACAAUAAUGACAGGGUCCUUUUGAAGGUCAUACAUUUCUCGUCUCCGACAUCUGCUGGAGCUGAGUGCAUUGAUCCUGAUUGUACUUGGGUUGAACAAUGGGUUCAUCGUGCUGGGCCUCGGGAGAAAAUAUACUUCAAACCUGAAGAAGUGAAGGCAGCAAUUGUAACUUGUGGUGGUUUAUGCCCUGGUCUCAAUGAUGUCAUCAGACAGAUUGUUAUCACACUUGAAAUAUAUGGUGUCAAAAAGAUAGUUGGGAUUCCUUUUGGUUAUCGAGGAUUUUCUGACAAUGAUUUGAGUGAAAUGCCGCUAUCAAGGAAAGUAGUUCAAAAUAUUCAUCUUUCUGGUGGAAGCUUGUUAGGAGUUUCACGUGGAGGACCGAGUGUUAGUGACAUGGUGGACAGAAUGGAGGAAAAAGGAAUCAACAUGCUUUUUGUGUUAGGUGGGAAUGGUACACAUGCUGGAGCUAAUGCAAUACACAAUGAGUGCCGUAAACGAAGGUUGAAAGUGGCUGUAGUUGGUGUUCCAAAAACUAUAGACAACGAUAUUUUGUUGAUGGAUAAAACUUUUGGUUUUGACACUGCUGUUGAAGAAGCACAGCGAGCAAUAAAUUCUGCAUACAUUGAGGCACAUAGCGCUUAUCAUGGUAUUGGAGUUGUGAAAUUGAUGGGUCGUAGCAGUGGAUUUAUAGCCAUGCAUGCAGCCCUAGCUAGUGGACAAAUUGACAUAUGUUUGAUUCCCGAGGUACCAUUUCAUUUACAUGGGCCUCAUGGUGUUUUGAGGCAUUUGAAAUACCUAAUUGAAACAAAGGGAUCAGCUGUGGUUUGUGUAGCAGAGGGAGCUGGACAGAAUUUCCUGGAGAAAACUAAUGCUACUGAUGCAUCCGGAAACAUUGUGCUUGGAGACAUUGGGGUGCACAUUCAACAAGAGACAAAAAAAUAUUUUAAGGAGAUUGGUGUUCAUGUUGAUGUGAAGUAUAUUGAUCCAACAUACAUGAUCCGUGCAUGUCGUGCAAAUGCAUCAGAUGGAAUCUUAUGUACUGUUCUUGGACAAAAUGCCGUCCAUGGUGCAUUUGCCGGAUAUAGCGGAAUUACUGUAGGAAUAUGCAAUACUCACUACGUCUACUUUCCCAUUCUUGAAGUUAUUUCUCAUCCCAGGGCUGUAGACCCUAACAGCCGGAUGUGGCAUCGUUGCUUGACUUCGACAGGCCAGCCUGACUUUAUCUAAAUUGCCUAAGCCUUCUAAUUUAUGCUAAAGAAUUAAGAAAUCAAAGUUUCAAAAAGUUCAUUAAUGGACAUAAUACCAGCUUUAGAAGAUUAGCACUUAGCUAGAGACUUUUCAUCAUCAUAGGCUGUUGAAAUAAUACAGAGGAUGAAAUUUCCUCUAUAUGAGAAAAUUAUUCAGUGCCAGUUUUCGAAAUCACAAGGCACCAGAGUAAUAAAAUGUUACAGGAAUCACCCAAGCAAUUUGUGCUUGACACAUGAAUUCUGAUUGCACUAUUUAAUGUGUCAUUACCUAUUUUUGUACAUCAAAAUUUUUGCAGUUCACCAUGGGAACGAGACUACACUGUCUGUAUCUGUAAAACUCAAGACAUGAUUCAAGAUGAUUGCUUGGGUCGGAUCUGCUGUAAUUAAAGUCCUGGAAGACCACCAAUUGGAAUUAAUACACACAUUCAUAUGGUGAAUAUUUUGUACUGCAG